GUGCCCACGCGAAGACGCGGACCGACGCCGCGGCCGACCGACGUCGAUGCCGACUACCGACCCUUCCUUGAGGCUCGCACCCUCGUAAAUGCACCCUGCCCGGCGACUCGACUUCGCUGUCCACCUGGUAGCCAGGUGAGAGCGACAACGGAUCUCGGCGUCCUCCGCAUCCUGGUGGUCUGCAUGAAGGACUCGAGCUUCGGGGCCUCGAAAGGAUGAGGCGGAUCGACGACGGCCAUGCUUCACGACCACCUCCGUUUAGGGUGCUCGCGGCACCCGACGGAAAUUACCUGGCACCUCCCACGAUACCGCCGCCACCGCCGCGUGCACCCGAGCCCUACAAGAUCGCGCCGUCCUCCACGUCCUCCUCUAGGGCGCACAGGCGUUCCAGUUUUGUGAUCAUCGCGGACUCGAGGCCUGUCUCGCCGGAGACGAGGAGCCCGUCGCCGACGUUGGCCACCGGCAGAGUCUCGCCGUUUCGAGGACGAGGGUUCAAGGGACCCCCGCCGCGGUCGAAGUCGAGGCCUCAAUCCCCCGAAUACGCGGACGCACGCAGGAGGGGGCGAAACGAUCGUCGAGUUUCAGUAUCGCAGCAGAGCAGUCCAAGGAGGAGCCUGAUACCCCAGCCGACCCGUCAGCGUUCGACGUCUCUCACCAAGUCGAACGAGACCCUCUCCUCGCCUAGGAACGGCCGCCGCGCGGACUCGCGAACUCGUUCGAAUAUCACCGACUCCAGGAACCGCCUAAACGCCUCUGGGAACAGCACCAGCGCCACGAACCUAUCUGCCCGUCGACAGGCCACGAGGACACCCAGCAAACUUUCGCCGAUCCAGGGCACCCCGACCAAACCUGAGAAAACACCGCAGUUCGUUAGGAGGAAUCGCUCCAAGGAAGUCGCCAGGUCAUCGACGACGAAGCUGCAGAAGGCCUCCACGUCCCCGUCGAAGAACUGGAACUCGAGGAGACCUAACCAAGAGAAGUCGACGCUAGGCCGAACGUCCAGCAAGGAACGCGUUACGUCACCGUCUAAGAUUCCCUUGAAGGCGAACAGGAUUGGCACGAAUUCCUUGAACCCAGCUAGGUUCAUCACUAUUAAUAAUGAUAAAACCAAGAAGCCAGCCGACAAGGAGUCCAAGGAUGCUCGAAAAGGACAGACGGAGGAAUCUACUCAGCAAGCCAGUGGCAAGCAGUCGGAGUCAGGCUCGAAGGAGUCCCAAAGUAGCGACAAGAACUCUUCCAACACCAGUCUGAUAGAUCUUUUGAAGCAGUCCUCGGGAGCCACUGGCACGUCCAGCGUGGUGAACACCACCGCCACGACGGCUGUGCAGCCACUCCACAUAGACGCCAACGCUAUCCUUUCGGAGAAAGAUGCUUCCGAGAAAAGAAACCCCUCCGAGAGGACGAAGAACCAAUCGGAACCUAACAGCAAAUCUUCCAACGCAUCGAACGACUCGGCUGCCAAGGCGCAAAAUCAUCAACCCGUGGGCGACGAUCAGCGUUCGAAUCCUCAGGUCUCCAGGUCCAAUAAACCUGGGAAUUACACAAGGACGAAGGGUGGGACGGACAGUAGGACCGAUUCACCUCUCCCUGUCGAUCCUCCUGGGAGUCACUCGAAGACCAACAGCGUCAGUCAAUCCGUGAAAAACUUCAACAAGGUAAAUGGCGCAGCUAAUAACAGUGGUUCGGCCACGUUGCGUUCCAACAAGGCUCAGAACCUGACCACCGACCAGACCCUGAAGAAUUCCAAAUCCAGUGACCAAAAACCUGAAGAUCCGACUGCCCCACAACCUGCGUCAGCGACCAAUCCUGCGAGAAUCAACGAGGCAGAGGCGGUAGGCGAUUCGAUGAGGAACUCUUCUAGUAUCAGCAGUGCAACGAAGCAGGAGGAUGUGAAAAGUGUCUCAAAAUCGGGCGUCGAGACGGAAACAAAGGCUGCUAUGAAUCCUACCACGGGAAACGUUGCGACUAACGCGGUUGUCAAUCAAUCGACGAACGCGAAGACGAACAACGUGUCCGCCAUGGUUGGCGCGGUGAACGGGUCGAAGAACGUUAACGGCGAUCAGGUGAAACCGAGGACAGUUAAUCACGGAAGUGGCGCGUCCCACAAGUCCUCCGCGGAGAUGUCGGUCGAUUCCAUCGAGAGUGCGAGGUCCACUGACACGGGGGUGAGCGUGAACACCGUCAAAGGUGUGUCCUCGCCGAGGGAGAAGACUGGGAUGCACGUGGUAAAACGACCGCAGGAAAUAGAGACCCUCAGCGGGAACGUGAUACACCUGGAGCAGAACGGAGAGCCGGCGGUGCUGGCAGCAGCGAACGGCGUUGGUGAACGGCCACCCGAAAGACUUUUCACGCGUUGGAAGAGGUCCUUGAGUCGUUGUUGCGAGUGUUGCCCCAGCAUGAGGUGUCUCGCUUGUCGCACCAACCCCAAAGGACUAGCGUGGCCCGGGAGCAAUGCCAGGACCACCACCGUGGCGGACAGGAACGAGCCUGCUCAACAACCAACGGCCGCAAGGGACGACAUACCUGCUGGAUGCUGGCAGAAAUUCAAGAACAGAUGCAGGUGUACCCGAUUGAGGGAAAUGAAAUGUUGCUCAAGAAGAUCGAGAAUCGCGCCAGCCGAGGCCACCGUUUGUUGUCCUCCAGAGAGAAGAUUUGGCGCGAUUUGCCGUCGAUUGUUCGGCUGCUGCAAAUGCAAGCGAAACGCUGAAGCAGAACGCACAAGAAGCAUACGUGCCAAGCACAGUCUUACCAGCGUAGCGCCGCCCCCAUUAUCGGAGGAACCAAAGGCCAAGAUACCGGACGUCCUGGUGGAGCACAAUUCCCUAAUGCGCGGCGCUAUUCCGUGUCUACCAGUGCCUCUCGCUUGGUUCUGUCUAGUGUGGAACGUUUUACUGCCUGGUUCUGGCACCGUUUGGAGUGGUCUUUUCAAUUUGUGUACUGGCCAGCCGAGAUUCUCGGCGGUAGCUGGACUGAAGUCGAGAUUAGGCGCUUUUGUGGUAAACCUGGUGGUCGGGGUGGGUCAAUUAUUCACCGUUUUAUUCUGCCUGGUCGGGUGGGGCUGGAGCAUUUGGUGGGGCGUCACUUUGGUUCGUUUAGCCAGGAAAUACAAACGAUUCAAGGCCUCCGAGGCGGCCAGCAACGAUCCAGAGGCCAGGGGAGGCGAUCAAGGGCCUCUGCCUCCUGGGGUGCCCAGUCAAGCGCUCAGAGGGAUGGAACGAGCCCGAUGAUCGUACCGAUUUUAAUAUCCACGUCAGACUCCGCGCUGAAACGUUUUUAUAUUGCUCGAAUACGAUUCUUCACUACGUGCCUUCUCGAUAAUAGCUGCGAAUGCAAACCGUACGUUUCGCUUUUCUGGAGAAAUUUGCGCUGUACGCUGAAGACAUUUCGGAAAGGUGAAUGUCACCCCUGUCGGGACACUAGAAAUUUGGUCGAUUCGCGAAAUGCUUUCAAAUUGACGACAAAUGUCGAGGUCAGACAUGGGCAGAAUUUAAUUCGAAUAAUAUAGGUGGCUAGCAACUGUAGGAAUAUAUCAUCUUGUGUUAUUUUAGUACUUCGUUUAACUAUUUUCUUUAUCUUAAUUUUAUUUCGAGGAAAUUCUAUAGAUACGUUGGAUCUUCGUGGCUUUUCGUUUUCUAUCCUAGUAUAUAAAUAAUAACUCUAUUCUUGAUUUAUGUUGUAUACAACCAGACUUUAUUUUACGAUUUCGCUCAUAAACAAUAUCCAUUCAAAUUGAUUUUUGAAAGGAAAUUAAUACAUUACCAGAGACCAUAAAAAUGACUGGAAACAUAAAAUCGAAAUAAUCCUAAUAAAUUGUUUGGUAUCGAGACUGACUUGUUAGUCUUCAUUUAUCAUUAAAGAUAUACAGAUUAUAAUUUUUAUUCAUCAGACAACUAAUUAUUCUAAAUUUCAAUCCAGACUAUUUUGCCCAUUCCUGGCCAAGAUAUCGAUCAAUGGAUCGUUUGAAUUGAUAUAGCAAAACAAAAAGGAAUUCGACGAGAAAGCUCGAGAAAUGAUUUUUGAAAACUCUGGGGACGAUUUUUUGCGAAUGAUCGCGAGCCAGAGAGCUCGUGUAUCGUUCUUUCUUUCUUUCAAGGGAGUAAACGAUACUCUCGCUAUCGAGGAACGAAACGAAGUUCUUGGAAAUUAAUCGCUUUCAGUGAAAGCAUACCUACUCGUGGCGUUCUUUCAAAAUGUACUCGUUGCGUCGAUCGAAAUUGCCCCCUCGACCUUUUUUAAAACAUUCAUUUCCUCCUGGACGUUCGAACAAGACACUUUCGAACGUUUUCAGUGGAAAUUGAACGUCCAUCUUGGUUCCUCUCCCAAACGAAGGUUUUUCUACGUCGAUGGAAUGAAUACGUUUUGAAAAAACGCACUUUAUAUUUUUACAAGAGCAACACAUAUAUGUAUACAUACAUCUAUAUAUUCAAGUAUCCGAUUAUUAAAACUUAUAACUAAAAUCCUUGUAAAUAUGAAAAUAUAUUACUUGCAUCGGUUUUUAAUCUAUAUCUCUGCUUCUGGAAUUGUUCCCUUUACUUUUCCAUCCUGGAAUAGCAUAGAGUUUCCUUUAUGAAAAAUUAUUGCAGGCUUUCGUACAGCUCUGAUCAUUGCUUCAUCGAUAUUAUUCGGCGUGUGCUAAGUUCUGUAGGAAUUU